CCUGUGUGUAACAAAUCGAAAGGAUUAACACAGGCAUAUAGCCUACUAUCCUAAAUAAAUUGUAAACUGUAAACUGGAUUGAUUGAAGUUCCAGUAAGACGUGUUCUUCGGUGGGCUGCACCGUAGGACAUACCAAAAAAGGACAGUCGUUGCUGGGCUGCAGUAAAGAGCGGGGUUUUGUGAGCUCGACAAUAUGGAACCAAUAUCACAACAACGACUUGACGAGCUGAAGGCUAAACUUUCAUUGCUUGAGGGUGAUAGGAAGGCUUAUUUUGAGAGUGCAUUAAAUGCACUUGCUGAAAACAAAAAACGAGUAUCUGAUCUUCGUCUUGAAAAUACAAAGUUGAGAAAUGUCCUCCGCGAAAGGCUUUCGGCUGAUCAACAUAUCAUCAACCACGUACUUCAUAAUCGACAAGCUGACAGGGUUUGCAUGGCAAAUAAAACAGGAGCUGUCGCUAUUGAACUUAUGGACUACCGCACAUGUGACGCAAUGAAAAAAUUGAAUGCUUUGAAACAUAUUACUGUUCAGAAAGAAAAAAAGAUAGAGGAAUUAAAGUCUCAGUACCAGAAUCUAACACAGUUGAUUGAGGACGGUAAUGCUACUUUUGCAGGGACGAACAAAGAGGGGAAAAUGCUCCGUGACUUGGAAAAUCGUCUUGAUAAGGCUCAACUCAAACAUCAUGAAGCAGAACAUAUUAGAAAAACUUACGAACAGAUAAGAGAAAGGCUUCAAGACGAGCACCUUACGUACGAACACAGUCUUGACUCUUUGGAAAAACAAAUUAAAGCAACUCAACAGGAAGUUUCGGAACUACAGCAAAUGUAUAAUGAUGCUAUAUUAGCACGAGAUGCUGCUCAGCGAGAGUUAAAAUUCCAAGAGGAACACAUUGCAAGUGAACGUCGACGUCGUGAAGUAGAACUUGCAAGUAUGAAGCGAAUAGCUGAAGGCAAGAGAGUUAACGUUGAUAAAAGUGAAAUACAACCUGGUAGGGAAUCACUUUCCACUGAAGAUGUUCAAAGUGGAAGUGUUCGAGGGACUGGUACAGGUGUUGGAGACAAAACUGCAGGUUUAGCUGGAAUCGGUAUAACAGAAGACCAACAAAUGAAAAUAGCCAGCUAUGAAGAAUCAUUUAAAAGUAUUAAAGAAGUAACAGGAUUAUCUGAUCUUGAUCAGAUUGUUAAAAGAUUUGAAAGUCAAGGAGAAACUUUAAGACAUUUGAAUGAAUUGAAAGAAAAAGCUGAACAACAAUGUCAAGAACUUCGAAAACGACGGGAUGAAUUACAGCAAGAAUUUGAAGAAAUCAAAUAUUCUGGUGAAACAGAAUUAAAAAGUGUUAAUAAUAUGCUUGAACAAUAUCGAAAUGAAGCACAAGCAGAAGCUGAACGUCGUGAAAAAUGUCGUCAAAAUGCAGAAGAUGCUAAUCGUUUGUUAAUUGAGUGUAAAGCAGGCGUUGAUCAUAUCUAUGAUAAAUUAUCUUUUCUAAGUGUGAAUACACUAAAAAGUGUCCAUGAAAAUGAUGAUAUUGACAGUAAUGAUAUACCAGAGAUGCUUAAGGUGUGUAAUGAAAAAUUGGAUGAACUUAUGGAUAGUCUUAGUGAAGUUAAUAUUGAAGAACAACUUAAUUUAAUGGAACAAGAAGAAUUCUUUACAAAACUUGAAGAUCGACUGCCACAAAACAAUAUGAGAAUAAAAUUCCCUCUUGUGAAAGGUGAAAGUGUCGAUGAUGAAGAUGGUUUAGCUGAUGACAAUGAUAUAUUAACAAGAGCAGCAUUAAAGAAACAAGCUCAACAAAUUGUUGAAAUGAGAAAUAAAAAGAGACAACCUAAAAAGAAGAAAAGAAAAGCAAGAUAAUAAUUAGAAAAGUUCUACAUUGAAAGUACUAUCCUUAUUCUGUUAUGCAUAGAUAUUUCUUAACAAAUGAAUUUGCGCGCGUAUACAGUGACAGCUAUAGUAAAACAAGAUUUCGAUCGAUAAUUUUAAACAAAAAGAAGGUAUUGUGUUCAAUGUUUUAGGUAUAAUUUUUAUUUUUGCAUUAAAUAUAUCAACCCUUCACAUUAUCGAUAAUUGUUAACUUUCAUACAGCUCGUGGAAAGAAUUAACUAUGCCCUAAUACAUAGGUCAAAGCUUAUUUUUUCUGCUGCUAUGCAAAAGAAUUCAUUAUUUCUUGUCAAAAAUUUUAAUUUUACAAAUAUUUACUUCUGAG